AAAUCUCGUCACUGUCCUGCUCCCAGGUUUCGGUUCCCGCGAAAUUCCGAGACUCCUUUUUCCAGAUCGCCGGAAAAUCUGGCAAUCUACGGUGUUUCUCGCUGUCAAUUUUCAUUUCACACUUCACUUCGGUCACUGAAUUCUAUCAUUUUACCAGAACAUGAGUAGUUUGGUGGAGAGGCUUCGUGUAAGAUCGGAUCGCAGGCCAAUUUAUAAUCUUGAUGAGUCAGACGAUGAUGCUGAUUUUUUGCCAAGAAAACCCGGGACAACACAGGAAAAGUUGGAGAGAAUAGUAAGAACUGAUGCGAAAGAGGAUUUAUGUCAAGCCUGCGGUGAAAAUGAGAAUCUUGUGAGUUGUGAAACUUGCACUUAUGCUUACCAUCCUAGGUGUUUACUUCCACCCCUUAAGGGACCUCUUCCAGACAAUUGGAGAUGCCCGGAAUGUGUUAGCCCACUUAAUGAUAUUGAUAAGAUAUUAGAUUGUGAGAUGCGACCUACUACAGCUGCUGACAAUGAUGCCACAAAAUUAGGGUCAAAACAAAUUUUUGUUAAACAAUACCUUGUUAAGUGGAAAGGCCUAUCAUAUCUGCACUGCACAUGGGUGCCGGAGAAAGAGUUUUUGAAGGCAUUUAAGACUCAUCCUCGUCUAAAGACAAAAGUGAACAACUUCCAUCAGAAAAUGGCGUCUAUCAAUACCUCUGAUGAUGACUUUGUUGCCAUUCGACCUGAGUGGACUACAGUUGACCGGAUACUUUCUUGCAGGGGUGAUGAUGAUGAGAGAGAAUACCUUGUGAAGUGGAAGGAACUUCCAUAUGAUGAGUGUUAUUGGGAGUUUGAAUCAGAUAUUUCUGCAUUUCAGCCAGAAAUAGAAAGAUUCAAUAGAUUGCGGUCUAGAUCCAGUAAAUUUUCUUCUAGUAAACAUAAACAGAGUGUCAAAGAUGAUACUGAAUUGAAGAAACAGCAGAAAGAAUUUCAACAUUAUGAACACAGCCCUGAGUUUCUCUCAGGUGGUACACUGCACCCAUAUCAGCUUGAAGGCUUGAACUUCUUACGAUUCUCUUGGUCCAAGCAGACUCAUGUUAUACUUGCUGAUGAAAUGGGGCUUGGAAAAACCAUACAAAGUAUUGCUUUCCUGGCAUCUCUUUUUGAAGAGGGUGUCUCCCCACAUCUGGUGGUUGCUCCACUUUCAACUCUGCGAAAUUGGGAACGUGAAUUCGCAACAUGGGCACCUCAUAUGAAUGUGCUAAUGUAUGUUGGAUCUGCCCAAGCUCGUAGUGUAAUAAGAGAGUAUGAAUUUUACUUUCCAAAGAAACAAAAGAAGAUCAAGAAAAAGAAAUCUGGUCAGCUAAUUAGUGAAAACAAGCAAGAGAGGAUUAAAUUUGAUGUUCUUUUGACAUCGUAUGAGAUGAUCAACUUUGACACAACAUCACUAAAACCUAUAAAAUGGGAGUGCAUGAUAGUCGAUGAAGGUCACCGUUUGAAAAAUAAGGAUUCUAAAUUAUUUUCCUCACUCAAGCAAUAUUCUAGCAGGCAUCGUGUUCUCUUGACAGGAACUCCUCUUCAGAACAACUUGGAUGAGCUUUUUAUGCUUAUGCAUUUCCUUGACGCUGGGAAGUUUGGAAGUUUAGAGGAGUUCCAGGAAGAGUUUAGGGAUAUCAAUCAAGAGGAGCAGAUUUCAAGGCUUCAUAAAAUGCUGGCCCCACAUCUCUUGCGGAGAGUGAAGAAAGAUGUCAUGAAGGAAUUACCUCCUAAAAAGGAACUUAUUCUACGUGUUGAGUUGAGUAGCAAGCAGAAAGAAUAUUAUAAGGCAAUUUUGACCCGUAAUUAUCAGAUAUUAACUCGUCGUGGUGGUGCUCAGAUUUCUCUUAUCAAUGUUGUUAUGGAAUUGCGGAAACUUUGUUGUCAUCCUUACAUGUUAGAAGGAGUGGAACCAGAUAUUGAUGAUGCAAAAGAAGCAUACAAACAACUAUUGGAAACGUCAGGGAAGCUGCAAUUGCUGGACAAGAUGAUGGUCAAACUUAAAGAGCAAGGACAUAGAGUCCUUAUAUAUUCCCAAUUUCAGCACAUGCUGGACUUGCUUGAAGAUUACUGUACUUACAAGAAUUGGCAGUAUGAGAGGAUUGAUGGCAAGGUUGGGGGAGCUGAAAGACAAGUUCGGAUAGAUCGAUUUAAUGCCAAAAAUUCUUCAAGAUUUUGCUUUCUUCUUUCAACUAGAGCUGGGGGAUUGGGGAUAAACCUUGCAACUGCUGACACGGUUAUCAUAUAUGAUAGUGAUUGGAAUCCUCAUGCUGAUUUACAAGCUAUGGCUAGAGCUCACAGACUCGGACAAACUAACAAGGUGUUAAUUUAUAGGCUUAUAACACGAGGAACUAUUGAAGAGAGGAUGAUGCAGAUGACUAAGAAGAAAAUGGUGUUAGAACACCUAGUUGUGGGGAGGCUAAAGGCUCAAAAUAUCAACCAGGAAGAGUUGGAUGACAUCAUAAGGUAUGGAUCAAAGGAGUUAUUUGCAGAUGAGAAUGAUGAAGCUGGCAAAUCCCGCCAAAUCCAUUAUGAUGCUGCUGCUAUUGAUAGAUUGCUGGAUCGUGAUCAAGUUGGAGAUGAAGAGGCCACUUUGGAUGAUGAGGAAGAAGAUGGAUUUCUGAAAGCUUUUAAGGUUGCAAAUUUUGAGUAUGUUGAUGAGGCUGAAGCUGCAGCAGAGGAGGCUGCCGCCCAAGAAAGAGCAUUAGAGAAUGUGAACAGUUCGGAGAGAACACAUUACUGGGAGGAGUUGUUAAGAGACAAGUAUCAAGAGCAUAAAGUUGAGGAGUUUAAUGCCUUGGGAAAAGGGAAGCGUAACCGGAAGCUGAUGGUUUCUGUGGAGGAGGAUGACCUUGCUGGUCUGGAAGAUGUUAGCUCUGAUGGUGAAGAUGAUAAUUAUGAAGCAGAGCUUACUGAUGGUGAUUCAAAUUCCACUGGAACUGGAACUGCUACUGCUAAAAGGCCCUAUAAGAAAAAAGCUCGUACAGAUAGCUCAGAGCCACUUCCUCUGAUGGAAGGUGAAGGAAAAGCAUUCAGAGUCCUUGGUUUUAAUCAAAAUCAGAGGGCUGCAUUUGUUCAAAUUUUGAUGAGGUUUGGGGUUGGUGAUUUUGAUUGGAAGGAGUUUACUUCCCGCAUGAAACAGAAGACUUACGAAGAAAUUAAAGAUUAUGGAACCCUUUUCUUGUCUCAUAUCUCUGAAGAUAUAACCGAGUCCUCUACAUUCACAGAUGGUGUACCAAAAGAUGGACUACGAAUCCAAGAUGUACUUGUAAGGAUUGCAGUCCUGCUCCUGAUAAGGGACAAGGUGAAGUUUGCGUCACAACAUCCUCAAACUCCAUUGUUUUCAGAUGACAUCUUAUUACGCUAUCCAGGUUUGAAGGGUGCGAAAAUAUGGAAGGAGGAGCAUGAUUUGGUUUUGUUGCGUUCCGUUUUAAAGCAUGGUUAUGGAAGGUGGCAAGCUAUUGUUGAUGACAAGGAUCUGAAAAUUCAGGAGGUCAUCUGUCAGGAGUUGAAUCUUCCCUUUAUAAACUUACCAGUUCCAGGACAAGUUGGCUCUCAGCCACAAAAUGGUGCAAAUUUGACAAGUGCCGAAGUACCCAACAGUCAAUCCAGGGAAAAUGGUGGAAGUGAUAUACCAGCCGAUGGUGCGCAAGGUUCUGGUGAUGCCAGGAAUCAAGCACAAUUAUAUCAAGACUCCUCCAUAUUAUAUCAUUUUAGAGACAUGCAAAGAAGACAAGUUGAGUUUAUAAAAAAGAGGGUUCUUCUUUUGGAAAAAGGGCUUAAUGCUGAGUACCAGAAAGAAUACUUUGGCGAUCCAAAAUCAAAUGACGAACUUAAAAGUGAACCCAAGGCUCCUAAAUUAGGGGAAACUGACACCCAAAUGAUUGAUCAACUACCGCAAGUAGAAACAAUAGCUACAGAAGAAAUUUCGUCCGCUUGUGAUAGUGAUCCUAAUCGAUUGGAGUUAGUUCGUCUUUACAAUGAGAUGUGCAAGAUAAUGGAGGAAAACCCCAUGGAUUUAGUUCAAACUUCUUUGGCAAGAGAACCAGCAGAGCUUCAUGUAGGGAAGAAUUUCUUACCCGUAGAAACCAUCUGCAAAGACAUCGACAGGAUUCUAACACCCACAGAAGAACAAUCUGCUGCAGAUAUUCCAAUGUCUAAUUCAGAGAACAAAUCAGAGGUUAUGUCCAAGAGCGAGAUUUUGGGCGCCAAAUCAUUGCCAACCCCUACCCCUCAUGACUCCGCAAACAAUGAGAGUAAAGACAUGCUAAUAGAAUCUGAAACUAUAAAAGAAAGCUGCUCAAGCCUGGUAAAAGAUACGAAUGAAAUUCAGACUCUUCCAGACAAAGAGAAAAGUAAUACAGUAAUGGAUGAAACCAUGACUGAUGCUCAGUAGAAUGAUAACCCAGAGAAAUAUGAUGCCGGGGCAUUGUAAUGGAUAUGAUUAAAUGCAAAAGUAGAAAGAUAUGUAUUGUACCGUGUAAUCUAGUCAACGUUGUUUUAGCACAUUAGAAAUGAAGUGAAUUAAUUAUAAGCAAAAGGGCACUAUAGCAUAUAGCGGUAGUGGUUAAAAUCCUUGCUACUAACUCGGUUAGAAAUUGUUCUUUUUCUACGUAUUGCUGUUAGACGAAUUUACUUUUAAAGGAGUUGAAGAGUAUGAUUAAUUGUAUACUACACGGCACGUUACCCUUCAUUCUAUUUGAAAGUGAGCAAAGAACUGAGGAAGUUUCCCUGAA